UCAGCAGUAAUGCUGGCAAAGGGAAACAGCCCCUGUGCUGGGUUUCCUGGACAACUCGUUCCAUCAAAAGACUUGGAAAUGACAUGUGACUUUCGGGGCAAAGAGGCCACCGUUCUUUGCAGAGAGUUGGGAUGUGGUUCAGCUCUUCAACCUUCCACUGACCUUCAUUUGAAAGAAGACAUGAGAAACAUAUCCAGGGCUGUGACCUGUCAGGGCACUGAGUCAACUGUCCUAAAUUGCUUCUUUCAAGAAAAACUUUUAGAUCUCUGUAAUCCAGACUUGGAUCCUCAAGUGAUCUGUUCAGGUCACCGGGAGGUGCGCCUGGUGGGCGGUGAGCACCCGUGCACGGGGCGCCUGGAGGUGCGGCGGGGCCUGGAGUGGGGCACGGUCUGCCAGUCGGACCUGGACCUGGCCACGGCCCACGUGGUCUGCCGGGAGCUGCGCUGUGGAGCUGCCCUGUCCAUGCCUGAGGGUGCUCGCUUCAGUCGGGGGACGGGCCCACUGUGGACCCAGGAGACCUUCCGCUGUCAAGGGAACGAGUCUCUCCUGUUCCACUGCCCCCGUGGGCCCGCACGGACGGAGCCCUGCUCCCACAGGCAGGAGGCCGCCAUCCGCUGCUCAGAAUACAGGCUGGUGAACGGCAGCAGCUGCUGCGAGGGGCGAGUGGAGCUGCAAGUAGGGGAGUCUUGGGGCCCCCUUUGCGCCGCCCACUGGGACCUGGCGGACGCCCACGUCCUCUGCCGCCAGCUGGGCUGUGGGCCGGCACUGGCGACCGCGGGCGGAGCGUCCUUUGGGGUGGGAGAUGGCCCCGCCUGGACCGAUGCUUUUCACUGCGCGGGGACAGAGCCCCAUCUGUGGAACUGCCCACGGAGCGCCUUGGGAGCCGCCGCCUGCCAACCCAACCACGUGGCCACCGCCGUCUGUUCCGGUGAGUCGGCGGAGGCGCUGCGGCUGCAGGGCGGGCAGAGCCGGUGUGACGGCCGCGUGGAGAUCUCCCUGCGGGGCUCCUGGAGCAGGAUCGUGGCCGAGGCCUGGGGCCUGGCCGAGGCCGGGGUGGUGUGCCGCCAGCUGCGCUGCGGAGAGGCCCGGAGAGCCUACAGCCUCGAUCCGACAGCCCGCGGCCCAGAGGCCACCCCCGUGGGGCUCAGCGCCGUCAGCUGUGCCGGGAAUGAGACCCGCCUGACCCAGUGCCGCUUCUCCAUCGCCCCACCGUCUCCCGCGGGGACGGCCUGGGAUGUGGGCGUCGUCUGCUCCGAGAGCGAAGGCCUGCGUCUGGCAGAUGGUCCUGGGCGCUGCGCCGGGCGGGUGGAGGUGCUCCACAACGGAAGCUGGGGGACGGUCUGCGACGACUCCUGGGACCUGGCGGACGCCCACGUGGUCUGCCGACAACUGAGCUGCGGCGUGGCCCUCUGGGCCCCCACCUCCUCUGGGCCUGGGCCCGGGACGGGGCCCAUCUGGCUGGACGAGCUGGGCUGUGCAGGGAACGAGUCUCGCCUCUGGCAGUGCCCCUCUGCGGGCUGGGGCCGGCACGACUGCCGCCACAAGGAGGAUGUCGGCGUUCUCUGCUCGGAGUUCACGGACGUGCAGCUCUCUGGCAGCUCCUGGGCCUGUACUGGGAGGCUGGAGGUUUUCUACAAUGGGACGUGGGGAAGCGUGUGCCAAUACUCCCUGCCGGCUGUCGCCCUCACCGUGAUAUGCAAACAGCUGCAAUGUGGAUCCCGGGGGGAGAUUUUGAAUAGGUCGGAAACAGAUGCGGAAUCCAGACUGAGCUGGUUGAAUGACAUCAGAUGCCGGGAGCAGCACCACACCUCUCUGUGGCAGUGCCCCUCCGCACCUUGGCAUCCACACUCGUGUCUCAGUACGGAAGAAGCCUGGAUCCAUUGCAGAGAAGAGACAGAUGAAAAAAAUGAGAGCCCAGAAGAGACCCUUAAAUGCUCAGUCUCCAAUAACUGCACAGCACGGGAGAAGGUGCGCCUGCGGGGCGGCGAGGACGACUGCUCGGGACGCGUGGAGGUGUGGCACGACGGGUCCUGGGGCACGGUGUGCGACGACGCCUGGGACCUGGCAGACGCCCACGUCGUGUGCCGACAGCUGGGCUGCGGAGUGGCCCUGGCGGCCCCGGGAUUGGCGGCCUUCAGUCCGGGGAAGGGCACCGUCUGGCUGGAUGAGGUCCGGUGCCAGGGCGGCGAGGCCUCUCUCUGGGACUGUCCGGCCGCCCCCUGGGGCCGCACCGACUGUGGCCACAAGGAAGAUGCCGCAGUCAACUGUUCCGGUGAGAGACAGGUGACUACCUCACCACCAGAAACAGGUAACCUGCUCCGAUGUGGUUUGAUAUUAAUCCUGCUGGCUUUUGCCCUGCUCUGA